CUGUGAUGUUUUGUUAAAAUUGUGAUUUAGUUUAGAAUUAUUUUGUUUCUUCUUUACUAUUAUUUCAUCUUUUGUUUCUGUAGAAAGUUAUCAAAAUGCCAUUGGUGGAAGCCUCUCUAAAGUCCUCGGACCCAGAGUUGUUUGAGUUGAUCAAGCUGGAACGGAGACGACAGUUGAGAGGACUCGAGAUGAUUGCCUCGGAAAACUUCACCUCGACCGCCUCGCUGGAGUGCCUCGGAUCCUGCCUUACCAACAAAUACUCCGAGGGACAGCCUGGAGCUAGGUACUAUGGAGGCAACGAGUACAUAGACAAGAUCGAGGUGUUGUGUCAAAAGCGAGCUUUGGAAGCCUUCAAUAUCAGCCCAGAGGAAUGGGGAGUGAAUGUUCAGCCGUAUUCUGGAUCUCCGGCCAACAUGGCUGUAUAUACUGCCUUGUUACAGCCCCAUGACAGAAUUAUGGGUUUGGAUCUUCCUGACGGAGGGCACUUAACACACGGUUUUAUGACAGCAACAAAGAGAGUUUCAGCAUCUUCCAUCUUCUUUGAAUCAAUGCCUUACAAGGUAGAUCCAGCAACCGGGCUCAUAGACUACGACAGACUGGCGGAGAACGCAAGACUAUUCAAGCCCAAGAUGAUUGUUGCAGGUAUCAGCUGUUAUCCUCGUUCGCUUGACUACAAGAGGUUCCGAGAGAUUGCUGACGAGCACGGAGCCUACCUUAUGUCAGACAUGGCCCACGUGUCAGGUCUGGUCUCUGCUGGAGUUAUUCCUUCGCCCUUUGAGUACAGCGACGUUGUCAGCACCACGACUCACAAGACUUUACGAGGGCCUCGUGCAGGAAUGAUAUUCUACCGCAAAGGAGUAAGGAAGGUGACAAAGUCCGGAGAGAAGGUGAUGUACGACCUAGAGAACAAGAUCAAUCAGGCAGUGUUCCCGGGACUACAGGGAGGACCUCACAACCACCAGAUAGCAGCUGUGGCUACGACACUGCUACAGGCACAGAGUGACGAGUAUAAACAAUAUCAGCACCAGGUGGUGAAGAACGCCAAGGUAUUAUGUUCCGGGCUGGAGAAGAGAGGUUAUAAGAUCUCCACUGGUGGCACAGAUAUCCAUUUGGCUCUGGUAGAUGUACGUCCGGCGCAGCUGACUGGCGCCAAAGCAGAGUUUAUACUUGAGGAACUGAGUAUAGCAUGCAACAAGAAUACUGUUCCUGGAGAUAAAAGUGCCAUGAAUCCAAGUGGGAUAAGGUUUGGUACUUCUGCUCUGACUACGAGAAACUUCAAGGAACCAGAGAUGGAGAGAGUUGUCGACUUUAUAGAUAGAGGUUUGAAGAUAGCCCAAGAAGCUCAGUUGAAGGCAGGACCACUAGUAGCUGACUUUAAAAAGGUCAUUUUGGAGGACAGCGUAAUAAAACCAAAGGUGGAGAGUUUGAAGCAUGAAAUCGAACAAUUCGCUGAAAAUUUUCCCAUACCUACAUUCCACCCAGAGAUCUAAUUAUGGAAAAUAAAUCAU